ACAUGAACAUGAACAAACCUGAAGGCAGGAAGUUAAAGGAGCGUCCAGAACCAGAGACGGACGGAUGAAAGCAGAAACCGGAAGCGAUGAUGAUUAAUGAUUAAUGAUUAAUGAUUGGCUAACGGUCAGUUACAGCCGCUCGACCUCUGAAGUGAUGCAGUUUCUGCUUCGUUUGGUGGAACAGUUUUUAUCCGACGGGUUGAAGGUUUUCUGUUGCUUCUCCCUCUGCAUGUCAGUGAUCUCUCUGGAUCCCCCGACUUCCUCACAGUCCAAAAACAGGACUGAUGGAUUAAUUGAUCAGUUCUUUAUCAGAUUUCAGCGUUUCAGACGUUCAGCCGACGGAACCAAGCUGGUCUAGUUAAAUCCUGAAUCAUCAGAUUACCAGACCUUCCUGAGCUGAGAUUAUGUUUAGAGAUUAUGCGCUUUUGUUUAACUUGGAAUGUCUUAUUUCCAGUGUUUAAUCUCAGAUUGUGGGAAUAACCAUAGCAACCAGUAUUUCUUAGAUGUUUAUCCCAGACAGAAUCUCAUUCCAAAGAAAGUUCCUGCCGUUCAAGCUGACAUUUUUUCUUCACAUUGGUUUGUAAUCACCCAGAAUCCUGAAUCCUUGAUCGUGUGGAUCUGUGUGGUUCUGGAGGUUCUGUUGUGGUUUUGCUCCUCCGAUGCUGGAUCUGCUCUCUGCGUUUCUUCUGUGGUUUUUAUGAGUUUUACAGUCAGAUGCUGUUGCUUCCACACCGGAUCAGGACAGAUUCUGCAGCUUCACUCCUCACUCUGUCACAGCUGGAGCAUCAAAACAAACUGAAAGAGGGAAGCUGAAGAAUUUGGACUCAUGCAGACGUUGCAUUGGCAUGUUUUUAGUCCAGUAUAAAAUUCUUGAUUUGAUUGAAAUGCAUAAUGUCGCCAGGAGAAUCCAUCGUUUCUGAACGAUAUGAGCGUCUCCGGACUGAAGGACACAAACACCCGCUGGGUUGAAUCUGACUGACUCCAGAUCAGAACUGAUUUUAAGUCAAAGCUGAGCGGAGCUUCGGGAUGAAAUCAGACAGUCCGCUGAAAGUCAGGAGAGAAAGUGAGACGGGAGCGUUAGAGGAGAAGGAACCGGCCGGACGGGUGGCUUGCAUCACCUCCAUGUUGUGAAACAGAAAGCGGGGAGCUGCCAGGUUUUGCUUUUCAGACUGAACAGAACUUCCAGAGGAUUUUUCACCCAAAGACACAAACAUCAGCUCAUACAGAAAAAGAAAUCACUUUAAGGCAACAGAUGGCUUUUCUGAUUCACUUUCUUUCCUUUGGUGUGUUUUUUAAAACAUCUUUGGCUGCUGAGUGAACAUUAAUAUUAAUACAGUAAUUAUGUUUUCCACUCCUGCCCACCGUGUGGUGGAGCUCAUCCUCCACCAUCCGUUUGCUGUAUUUGUGACCUCUGAACUUUCAGCCCUGCAUUAAACUGAUCACAGUUUGGAUCAGAGAUCAACUGCUGGCGUGAAAACUGAACUCCUGGGUUGGUUCCGGCUGCGCAGGUCGAGCCGGCAGCAGAUUACUGCAGGCUGAGGUGUGGAUUAUUCGUUGUUCUGGCAUCUGAACCUCAGCUCUGAGUCUGUCUCAUGUCUGAGUGUUUGCGGAUCAAUCUGUCCUUCUUAAAAACUCCAUCCACUUUCCCGUCCUGAAACCGCAGCUCCCGUCGUGGCGCAAUGCUCCACACACACACAGAGAAAUUCUGUGACUUCUCUUUCCUCUGCGGUGCUCUGCUGCAGUUGCGGCCUCUCUCCGCUCACUGUGACAUAACUGGAGUUUCCCUUCUGCAAGAGCAGCCGCCAGAGCAUAAAUACUACGAGACCUGCUGGCAGAAGUUCAUUCUAACUCAAAGACAGGCGUAAGCAGAGAGGGCUGCCGGCUCCAGCAGACUGCCAAGUGUUUCAGUCGGACACCAGAGGAUGACGGGAUACAAAAUCACAGCGGGUGACGUGGAGGCCGGGCCUCAGGACAGGAUGGAGGUCCUGGUGCAGAAGAAGUCGUCCACAGGGUGGCUGUGGAAGAUGCUGGCGGUGCUGCUGUUACUGGCGCUUUGCCUUGGAGGCGCCCGGCUCUACGUUUGGUACCAGCUGGAAAGAUCACAUUCAACAACGCAGGCAGGACACACAGCAGCACCAAUCAGAAUGGACUCUGAUGAGGCGACAGGCGCUCACUCCACGCUGAAGGAAAUGAGCAAAAAGGCAAAAGCAGCCAUUCAUCUAGAAGGUCAUUACGACGAAAGAAGCAACGCGACGGCCGUGGAGUGGCGCGACCGCGUGGGCCAGGCCUUCUCUCAGGGCGGUUUCCGUCUCCAUAACAACCAGAUCAUCAUCCCAGAGAGCGGCCUGUACUUCGUCUACAGCCAGGUGUCCUUCCGGGUGUCCCGGUCCAGCGACCAGGAGGCCGAGUGGCGCCCGCCGUCCCUCAGCCACCGCGUCCGCAGGAUGUCUCAGGCCAUCGGAACCAAGGUGUCCCUGCUGAGCGCCGUGAGGUCGGCCUGCCAGAACGUCCAGGAGGACGGCGAGCGGUCGGGCCACGGCUGCUACAGCACCAUCUACCUGGGCGCCGUGUUCCAGCUGGACAAAGGGGACACGCUGGAGACGGAGACCAACCAGCUGAAGGAGCUGGACACGGACGAGGGCAAGACCUUCUUUGGCGUGUUCGCGCUUUGAGCCGCCGCUGUGAUACUAAGAGACUGAUCCUGGACAGGGUUUAAAAAAAAAAUGCACAUUUUUACACUUUUAUUCAGCCUGAAGGUGAUGUAGAAAUGCUAACAUCUCCAUGGAGAUGGAACUAGACUUUAUGAACUGUAACAGUUUGAAACUUUAUCUGUUUUAGGCACUUUUUGACUUUAUUUAUGUUGAUCUCAGAUUGUAAGACUAGACUUCUGCUGUGGCAGAUUGAAGUGUAUUUCUCCACUAUUUACGUUUAUAUAUUUAUUUAUAUUUAUUGGUAUUUAAA